AUGGAUCCCAAUCUCGAGCAACGUCUCGCCGAUAUCAGACAAGAACCACAAGACGUCGACGAAGAUACUCAAAUGAGAUUCGUGGACGCUAUCAACUACAAGGACGAUACACAUUUCGAUAUUGUUGAUGCUCUCACGCAUGCCGUACUGAACCUUUACCCGCGUCUGGCCGUACGACUCGCUAUGUGGUAUAUUCAUCAUGACGACAUGGAUGCGGCGCUCGCUGUCACGCUGAAGGUUCUUCACGGCAACCACAGCGAGACUGGAACCGAGGGGCCAAGCCAAGAAAAUCUUUGCGCCCUCAUCCAGGCUCUGCGGGAUGAAGUAGACUCUGGCCAGGAAGAGGGCCAGUAA